AUGUCUUCUAUCACGUCCUGUUACCAACGAUUACGUAGUAACGAUCCCUUUGGUAUAUAUAAUCCUUUGCAAGUGACUUGGAGCAAUACGUCCACAAGAAGUAAAGUGUCCAAUAUGAAGCCAGCAGUGUGCAUCGUAGUGUUGUUUGUCUUCGUGUACUUGAUGGUGACUAAUGUUUCAGGAUAUGGUGGAGGUGGACACGGCGGUUACGGAGGUGGAAAGAGUGGAUACGGAAGUGGUAGUCAUGGAGGUUACGGAAGUGGAAUGAGUGGAUAUGGAAGCGAUGGAAAUAGUGGAUACGGAAGCGGUGGUUACGGAGGUUACGGAGGUGGAAUGAAUGGAUAUGGAAGCGGUGGAAAGGGUGGAUACGGAAGCAGUGGCCACGGAGGUUACGGAGGUGGAAUGAGUGGAUAUGGAAGCGGUGGCCACGGAGGUUACGAAAGUGGAAUGAGUGAAUAUGGAAGCGGUGGCCAUGGAGGUUAUGGAGGAGGCGGUUUCGGGAGCCACGGAGGUUACGGAGAUGGAAAAGGAGGCUACGGACAAGGCGGUCACGGUAGUUACGGAGGUCACAAAGGUUAA